AUGAAAACAUUAGCAAGACUCGUGCUGGGACUUGUCAUCUUGGGUGCUGCUGUGACUGCCCCGACUCUAGAAUCCAUCAACUAUGACUCAGAAACCUAUGACGCCACCUUAGAAGACCUGGAUAAUCUACACAACUAUGAAAACAUACCAAUGGGUCAAGCUGAGAUUGAAAUAGCGACAGUGAUACCUUCGGGGAACAGAGAGCUCCUCACCCCGCCACCACAGCCAAAGGAGGCUGAAGAGGAAGAGGAAGAGGAGUCCACCCCCAGGCUGAUUGAUGGCUCUUCUCCACAGGAGCCUGAAUUCCCUGGGGUUCUGGGCCCACACACCAAUGAAGACUUUCCAACCUGCCUUCUGUGUACUUGUAUAAGUACCACUGUAUACUGUGAUGACCAUGAACUUGAUGCUAUUCCUCCGCUGCCCAAGAACACUGCUUAUUUCUAUUCCCGCUUUAACAGAAUUAAAAAGAUCAACAGAAAUGAUUUUGCAAGCCUAAAUGAUCUAAGAAGGAUUGAUCUGACAUCAAAUUUAAUAUCUGAGAUUGAUGAAGAUGCAUUCAGAAAGCUGCCUCAACUCCGAGAGCUUGUCCUGCGUGACAACAAGAUAAGGCAGCUCCCAGAAUUGCCAACCACUUUGACAUAUAUUGAUAUUAGCAACAAUAGACUUGGAAGGAAAGGAAUAAAGCAAGAAGCAUUUAAAGAUAUGUAUGAUCUCCAUCAUCUCUACCUCUCCGAUAACAACUUGGAACACAUCCCUCUGCCACUCCCAGAAAAUCUACGGGCCCUUCACCUCCAGAAUAACAACAUUCUGGAGAUGCAUGAAGAUACCUUCUGCAAUGUUAAAAAUUUGACUUAUAUUCGUAAGGCACUAGAGGAUAUUCGAUUGGAUGGAAACCCUAUCAAUCUCAGCAAAACUCCUCAAGCAUACAUGUGCCUACCUCGUUUGCCUAUUGGGAGUCUUGUCUAA